UAGCAUAGACGAGUGAAUAAAAAGCCCUGUAUGAGUUCAGUCCGCUACUGAUUUCUGAGAGAUUGAAUCGGAAACAUCAUCAUGCCUGAACCAGCGAAGUCCGCGCCGAAGAAAGGCUCCAAGAAGGCCGUCACCAAGACCGCCGCGAAAGGAGGAAAGAAGCGCAGAAAGUCCAGGAAGGAGAGCUACGCCAUCUACGUGUACAAAGUGCUGAAGCAGGUUCACCCUGACACCGGGAUCUCUUCGAAGGCGAUGGGCAUCAUGAACUCUUUCGUCAACGACAUCUUCGAGCGCAUCGCCGGUGAGUCGUCUCGUCUCGCUCACUACAACAAGCGCUCCACCAUCACUUCCCGAGAGAUCCAGACCGCCGUGCGUCUGCUGCUGCCCGGGGAGCUGGCCAAACACGCCGUGUCCGAGGGCACCAAGGCCGUCACCAAGUACACCAGCUCCAAGUAGAGCAGUCCGACCCCGAGACACACCCCAAAGGCUCUUUUAAGAGCCACC